AUGCGUGAGUUCAACAGUGAAUUGCCAACAGUGGUGUAUAAGCGAGGAACGGAUGUGAUAGCUGCCACUCUGGAAGUAGCUGAUUACGUGUUAUCACCGCAGAUAGCGGUCGAACGCAAAUCACUCGACGAUUUAGCACAAUCGCUUUGUAAUGGACGUGUUUUCAAGCAAAUUGAUCAGGUGACUGUUAUGAUGGCAUUCAUUUGA